AUGGAACCCUUUGGAACUGACGAAAGAAAUUGGACUCACGAAGAAAAGGAUAUUAUUACUAGAUUCCUUAAAUACGACAAGCACGUCAACCUUAAAACUGCUGAAAUGGUUUACUCAGCUGAAGUAGAAUCUGCUUAUUUCGGUAAGGCUGGUGCUCUUGCUGGUGGUGUUAUUAGUGCUCUUUUCUUUAACUUCCCUAUCGUUAGAAACCUCCCUAUUAUCAGAAGAUCAGUUAUUGGUGUUCUUCCCUUCUUAUACUGCUACACAUGGGGUAAAAAUACCUAAGAAGAAUUACGUUGGUUAAAGACUUUCGCUGCUUACCAAAGAUUUGUUGUAUAUCACGGUCAACACUGCAAGCUCUGGGUUUGA